AUGUACACAGACGAUUUGGCACACAUGUACUGGGAGAAAAAGGGGACAUUGAUGGAAUGGAGCGAUUGGCUGACGGGAGGCGCAGCGACGUGGCUGCCCGUUUUGGCAUACGUUGCGUCGUCAUCAUUUUUUGGGGCCAGCACAUGGUAUCAGAAGUACAUUGUUCUUGGCCGGUCCGUCCAGCAGAAGAAAUGUAUAUCGGAUGGAGACCCGGCAAACAGCAAGAGCCCUGAGCGCCGGCCAAGGUCCGUUGAAGCAGCCACCAGCAACAGCUCUGAGCACCAAUUAGCCGUGCUUGUAGCGCUUCCAUGCACUGCUAGCACGGGCAUUGAAAAAAACAGCGCCAGAAAGAAAAAGCUGACGCGUCCCUCAUCCCCCUUGGUCUCCACUAUCUAUCCAAUCUCACCAACCACAUGUCCGCCAUGGAGACUCCGAAUUGCCCUGUUUGGCUGGUGCUUGGCUCAUCCGCGCCAGAGCCUUCCACAACCACCCCCUUCGUCCGCCUCACGUCACUUUUUCCUUUCGGCCUUUCCACUUCUCUUCUUUCACCAAACACCACCAUCAUCACUUCACCAAAGCAUUCUGCCCCAGACUUCCACGAACAUACAACUUUCUGCAUUGCAAAAGAGUCAUCAUCUCUGCUCGGUUCCCAUCGCCACCCUUGACCUUUGCCCAUCGCCACAUCGCCUUGACGGCAUCCAAUCUAUCAUCAUGUCGGCCUCGGCCCCAAACGAUUUCGAUGCUCUGCUCGACCUCUCUGAGUUCGAUGCAAACUACCAAUCUCCUUCGCUCUCCCCCAGCAUGAGCACCAAGCCCUCCUUCGCCAGCCCAAUUUCCGAUAUGACUCCCUCGGUCGCACCGACGACGCAAAACAUGACCGGCCCCAGUCACAACUAUGACAUGUACCGUCAGCAGACCGGUUUUGUCCCCGGUGCCCUCGCCAACACCAUGGCCGUCAACCAGACCAACAACACCGGCUACCAGGACUUUGGCAGCCUCGAAUACCUCACCAGCUUCUCUCCCGAGAACGAGGCUUUUGACUUCAAUACCUCGCCCGCCCAGACCACCCUGCCUGCCUCGGAUCUCGAGAUGGACUUUGACUCUUCCAACUCGGAGCAGUUCUUCACCGUCAACCCCAGCAACAUUGAGCAGCAUCAUCAAGUCUCGGCCGGUAGCUCGCCCGGCCGUCUCUGGCCUGGUGCUCACACCCAGGCUGCUGCCGUUGCCAAGGCCCAGGCUCACCAGCGCCAGUUGAUGCAGCAGACUCAGAGCCACAAGGCUCGUGGCAAGGCUCCCCAGGCCAGCGAUCCCAUCGUCGAGCAGAAGAUCACCCAGCUUCUCAACAACAUGCGCCAAAAGUCCGCCUCCGCCUCGGGUGACUCCCAGCCUGGCUCUUCCAGCAUGCCUCGCUGCAAAAAGUCCGAGGAGGAUAUGGACGAGGAUGAGCGUCUCCUUGCCAGUGAGGAGGGCAAGAAGCUCAGCUCCAAGGAGCGCCGCCAGCUCCGCAACAAGGUCUCUGCCCGUGCUUUCCGCUCCCGCAGAAAAGAGUAUAUCUCCCAACUCGAGAACGAGCGUGACCACAAGGAUGACGAGGUCGUCACCCUCCGCCAGAGCAACCGUGCCCUUAUGGAGGAGAACAAGCGGCUCUCGGACUUGACUCGCAUGCUUCUCUCCUCGCCCAGCUUCUCUAACUUCCUCGACCACCUCAGCACCAACUCGGCUGCCAUUCCCCAGGUCCCCAUCAAGGUCGAGCCGCAGCCCGAGCAGGAGCAGGUCCAGAUUCCCAAGGAUGCCAACCCGUACGGCAACCAGUCACAGCAGCAGAUCGGCAUGGCUAUGAUUCCCGAGCAGAGCAUGGACUACUCUAUGCUCGCUCUCGACGGCUACAACUUCCAGCCUACCGUCUUCGUUGUCGACACCCCCGAGAUGCCUGCUCCCAUCGACGUUGGUCUCCUUUCUGGCAAGACUUGCAGCCUCGUCGAGUCAUUUACUGAGGAGACAAAGGUUGAGGUCCCUGUCAUUGAGCGACUUGUCCAGACCGAGACUGUCGAGCCCACCGACGUCGCCCCUGUCGACGACAAGUUCGAGUCUGACCCCGAAUACGCCCUGUUCCAUACCCAGUCCUCUACUCCCGCUACUGAGUCGGUUGUUCUGUCGGAAACUCUGUCUCACAUGAACGUUUUCGGUGGCAUCAAUACCGAAAAGGCCCUGGCCCGUUUUGAGCUCGUUGAUGCCACGGAGGAGGAAUGCUCUGCUGCCUAUGCCAUGGCUCGUGUCCAGCGCAUCGCCGCUAGUGCCGAGUCUGUUGUCGCCAGAUUAGAACUCCUCACUUUGGAGUUGUAA